GGUUCUCGGCAUUAAGCAAAAACGGAGCACCCGGCCACAUUGCUGUCAGAAGUAUUUUGUUUUCAGUCCUCCAAAUUAGAAGCUACAGAGUUCGGCCCUCGGCAUCAGCAGUCACCAGACCAACCAGUCACCCCACCCACCACGUAACUAGAAUGGCCGGCUUUCCCGAGCACGCCCGCGAAGAGGACUAUGAGGUUAAUGGCUGGAUCCGCUUCGGUCUUAGGCUAGGCGUCAGCGCCGCCCUACAUCCGUUCGAAUAUUCCAAGAGCCUCAUCCAGCUGGGUUACGAGCCGAUCGCUCCUCUGCCCGGCAAGUCGCUACUGGGCAAGCCGAUCAUGAAGUUGCCGAACAUAUUUCAGUACGCUGGCCACAUUCGGCGGAUCGACGGCUUCUACGGCUGCUACCGCGGUCUAGCUCCCAAACUGGUGGGUUCUCUGGUGGCCAUGGUGGUAAGCGAGCGAGUGGCCGACCAACUGGGCCUGGAGCAGCCAGAGGAGAUUAAGGACGACUCUCAGCUCAGUGAGGAGGAAUUGUACGUCCAGUUCAAGACGAGUCUGAAGCGGGAUAUUGUACUGACUGUAAGCGGAAUCGUGGCCUCUCAUCCUUUUCACGUAAUUUCGUUGCGCAUGAUGGCGCAGUUUAUCGGCCGCGAGACCUUGUACACCUCUAUAGUGGGCUCUGUUGGCGAGAUUUGGAAGUCUGAGGGAAUUGCAGGAUUCUUUGCCGGUCUGGUGCCAAAGCUGCUUUGCGAUUUGGCCUGCCUUGUGCUCAGCAGCUCCACGAUCUACAUUCUUAACAAAUAUGUUAUCAAAGACAAGUUGGGCAGGCAAUACAAUUCCGGAUUCACACAGUUUGCCGUAUCUAGUUUACUGUAUCCACUGCAAGUGGUGUCCACCUGCUCGGCGGUAAGUGGCUCACGUCUAAUGGCUGGCCAACCGCCAAUUAUGCCGGCCUACAAGAGCUGGGUAGACUGUUGGAACGAUUUGCAAGUUCGCGGUGAGCUUAAGCGCGGAAGCUCCCUUUUCUGGCGGUCACAAUCCAUCAGUUCACCAGUAAUAGCCACCUCAUUCGCGCCCUUGCCUAAGCUGGCGCGAUACCAGUAGAAGUCAACAACGUGACUGGACGAUUACGAACUGGCCCUGGAGUCCACACUUUAACUGCCUAAUUGUGUUUGCCCUGCAUUUCAAUGGAUCCUCGGCAAUGACAAGCUUAAAUCCAAGACAACUGCAUUUUUCUACUGUCUCCAAGCCCAGCCACAAUUCCGUUAUUACAAGUUUAGAUCUACGUUGAAGUGGAUUUUCGUCGUGGUCCGUUUGUCCUGCGCACUGCAUCCUUCGCGAUGUUUUCUUUUCAUUCAGCAACUAACUAGCACUGAAAUCGCGAAGAAAUUGAUGACUACAAUCUUUCCCAAUCCUGCGCAGACUCUGAUAUAAUUAUUGUUACUGUUUACUGCAAAAUUUUGAAAAUAAAUCGUUGUGCCCUACCAGUGGAACUACAA